AUGGCGUCACGCACAACCCCGCACCGUCCUAUUCCCCAUUCACUUCCACUCCACUGCCUUCUCUUCUUCCAUUCCAUUCUUACCAACUUAACCAAAAGAAGAUCAGUACAAUGGCCUCCUACUCUCGCGUCUCUCUUCCUGUCCUCCUCUCUCCUCCACCCCCCAAAAGAUUUCUUUCGCUGUCGCCGACGUUUCUCUCGGCAUCAAAGCAUUCUGGACACCAGCAUGCAGUUUCCGGCGCACAAAACGGUCGCCCAGGCUUCCUGAGAUCUGUAAGCAGCGAUGGAAAUCCAGAAAUAGGGGUCCCAAGAUCGGUGCCGGUUCGUGUUGCGCACGAGCUCCUUCAAGCUGGUUAUCGCUAUCUGGACGUCAGGACGGUGGAUGAGUUCAAUGCUGGCCAUGCAGUGGGUGCUAAAAACAUCCCUUACAUGCUCAAGGUUGGGUCAGGGAAGACAAAAAAUCCUAACUUCUUGAAGGAAGUGCUAGAAGUUUUUGGGAAGGAUGAUGAGAUAAUCAUUGGAUGCCAGAGUGGGAGACUGUCACUCAUGGCUACAGCUGAACUUUCAUCUGCUGUAAGUAGAAGUUUAACGACAUGCUUUGCCUUUGUACACGUAAUAGCAGACAAUUUACAAACAGUGGAACCAUAUAUCGACGAGAUCUAAGACAUUCAACAUGAAAUAUAUUUCUUUGGUUGCCAUGAAAUCAUGUAAUUGCCCCUGAACUGAGACACUCUUUCAUUUCCUCAGGGUUUUACAGGCAUUACAGACAUUGCAGGUGGUUAUUCCGCUUGGAUACAGAAUGGACUCCCAAUCGAGCAGUGACAGCGAUCCCGCUGGCACAUGUAUAGCUCUCCAUGCUUCCAUGGUGGUAAAAUGAGACAGGAGGGCAGCUCUAAUUUUCCUUCCUAAUAGUUGUUAGCCUCUUGGGAAGAAAUAAAAUGAUCCAUUAGCAGCUAAUAAUCAGCAGAUGUAUGUAUAGAUUGAAGUACAUCUGCAUGAAGAAACUCCAUUUGCUAUAGUAAAUUCCAUGAAACUAAUUAGGAAAUAUAUUUAUACAUAUUUGCUUGCUUUAUGUUAUCAUGCAGAUAGGGAUGCUCUAUCAAAGUUAAAACCGAAAUAAUAAUUAAAAUCAGUUUUUGUAGCCUAGGUUAUUUUACAUAAGAUCACUUUCGUAGACUGAUCAUUCACGCAUUUUAGAAGUUAAGCUUACAACGCCCUCAGUGCCAUCAAAUGAAAACUGUGAGUUUCGGAACCCUAGAUUUCAAGUCCCUCAACACCUUUUCUCUCUUAAGACUGUUUAGUGAAUGCAGCAGAUCCUUUAACAGUGCGACAGUCGCAUAUGAUACAUUUUGGAAAGAAUAUCGAGCACAGUAAAAUAUUUCUUGAGAUUUAUUUCGGUUCACAGCUAUUUUUGCAGAAGUGAGCUGAUCCAGUCCCUGAGGCAGCUCACUUCCAAAGAGCUGAAGGGAAAGUGUAAAUUGCACUUCUUGGUUGAGGAAAUAUUGCUGUUUGGAGCUGUGUUGCUGGUCUUGUCCAUGGUGCAAGAAAUGACACCAUGUCACAGAGCAUCCCCAACUUAAAGGAUGCACUUUGAAAGUGGAUGCAGCUGCCAUGCGAUUAUAUAGUCUUAAAUCUCAGUACACAUCAGACGGUUGAAACAUUGUUUUGAAAUCAUUUUGGUCUCCAUCCGGGUGCAAAGUCCAUAAAUAA